AUGAAGGCUUUAAUAUUGAUCGGAGGCUAUGGAACUAGACUUAGACCUUUGACCCUGACUGUUCCUAAACCAUUAGUAGACUUUGGAGACAAACCAAUUCUCGCCCAUUAGAUUCAUGCUCUUGCAGAGGCUGGUGUGAAGGAGAUCAUCUUAGCUGUUAACAAUCAACCUCCUGAACUAAUGGCUUCUUUAAAGGGUUUUGAAGACAUCUAUAACGUUAAGAUCAUAAUUUCAAUUGAGAACGAACCAUUAGGUACCGCUGGCCCACUGAGACUUGCAAAAGAGAUGAUCUUAAAGGAUAAUGAAUCAGGAAUGUUCUUUGUAUUCAACUCUGAUGUUAUCUGUGAUUAUCCAUUAGACAAAUUCAUUGAGUUCCACAAACAGCACGGAAAAGAAGGCACAAUUUUGACAACAGUGGUCGAAGACCCAUCAAAAUAUGGGGUUAUAGUCCACUAAGAGGAUGGAAAAAUUGACAGGUUCGUAGAAAAGCCUCUUGUUUUUGUAGGCAAUAAAAUCAACGCAGGUCUCUAUCUUUUGAACGUGUCAGUGAUCGAUAGAAUUGAAUUAAGACCUACCUCAAUUGAGAGAGAAGUCUUCCCAUAGAUGGCUAGUGAGGGUGAGCUUUAUCAAAUGACUCUUAAUGGCUACUGGAUGGAUAUCGGACAACCAAAAGAUUAUUUGAUUGGGUAGAAACUCUUCUUACAAUCUUAGAGAGAUAGAGAAACGGGUGUAUUGGCUAAAGGCUCCCUAAUUGUUGGCGAUGUUAUGAUCCACCCUUCUGCAUAAGUAGACCCAACUGCUUAACUAGGACCUAAUGUAGUUAUAGGUGCUGACUGUGUUAUUGGGGCAGGAACUAGAAUUUACGACUCAACUAUUCUAGCUAGGACUGUAGUUCAUGGGUACAGUCUUAUUUAAGGCUCAAUUAUUGGUUGGUAGAAUACAAUUGGAAAGUGGUCAAGAAUAUAAGGUUUGACAGUAACAGCUGAAGAUGUAUAGCUAAAAGACGAGACUUUCCUUAAUGGAACUAUGAUCUUGCCUCAUAAAGCUAUUGCCGCUUCCUAUCCAAAUGCAGGAACAAUAGUUAUGUGA